GUUGACUUGAUAGUGUAUGACCUUAAUUUUUAUAUUUCUCUGCAGUUUCUCAGCAAGGAGCCGAGGGAGCUGUUCAGGGAAGGUUUGUUCGGCUGAAAACAUUGACCAUUUGCACACGUCUUGCGAUGCCCUGCGUCAACUGAUGGUCUGGUCACAUGACCAUAGCAGGGAGUGUGGCUUCAUCCCGAACCUGAAGUCAAUCGUGUCAGGGCGUGUAGAAGACUCAGUGACUGUGGUGUGGAGCUGUGCCGGGGGCCAUUCCUACUCUUGGGAGAUGCUGGCUUUAAGAAAGGGAGUGGAGGAAGGUGGCGGAGAGCAGAGGGCAGCUCGGGCUCCUGCACGCAGCACUGGCCGGCCCAAGAGACGGGUUCUGAGCACCUUGCCGGCCAAUGGCAAGCGGGCCCGGCUGGGGUCAGAGAGAGUGACAAAGGAGGGAUCUCAGGAAGUGUUUAGUGACGAGCAAGUAAAGGAGAGAGACUCCAGCGUCACAACGGAUGGCGACGCAGGAGGGGCAAGCUGCCAAAUGAGAAAGGAUGGUGAACCUGCGAGCAGCAUUCAUGCAGUAUUACCUGAGGCCCAGGAAGAGGCUGAGACCCCAACACCACCGGUACAACCUGUCCAGGCAGAGGGCGAGGGAAAGGCAGGCGACAACCACAGCUUUGAGCAGCCCACCCUAGUGGAGAGUCUCCCAGCCACUCCGAGCCAAGAAGAUGUCACUCCACAAGGUGCCACAACCCCAGGCAGGCCCCGGAGAAACUGCAGGAAAGCAGGCCGUACACCAGCACAACUGGACAAUGCUGACCUACUGCAGCUAGUGUGCGAGUCAGACAGUGAGGACCAGCCAAAUGAAAAGGCAAAUACCAGGCAGGAGGAGCAGCAGCAGGAAGGUUCCCAGGAGUCAGAGAUGCAAGUUGCAGAGACGGAGCUGAUGUUGACUAGUGACGAUGAUUGUGACGAGGAUGAAGAGGAGUUAACUGAAGUAGACUCUGAUGAUGAAUAUCAGUUCUUUGAUGAUCCCAAGGACGAAAACUACAUUCCCUCGUCAGAAAGUGGUUCUGACCGAGAGAAGAGGAGGGGAAGACCUCGCAGAAACAGUACGAAGAAGCCACCAGAUGAAACCAUAAACAGGAAAGCUCAGAAACGUCGAGGGAAGCGAGACCCAAGUGAGCAACCGAAGAAAAUCCGGAAGAAGAUACAGAAACAGUACGUUCGCUGUGAAUUUGAGGGAUGUGGGAAAAUAGUCUCCAAUCCUCAGUAUUUAAAGCGCCACAUGAAGUACCAGCAUUUGCUGCACCGAACCUUUGCCUGCUCCUAUCCCAGCUGUGGACGCAUCUUCCGCUUCAAGACACAGAUGGAGGAACAUGAAAAAUUGCACAGUGAUCAGCGGAAUUACAUCUGUGAGUUCUGUGGCCGAGCUUUCAAAACGGACAAGAACCUUGUGGUGCACAGACGGAUUCAUACAGGAGAGAAACCCCUGCAAUGUGAGAUCUGUGGAUUUACUUGCAGACAGAAAGCCUCCUUGAACUGGCACAUGAAGAAACAUGAUGCCGAGUCUGGCUACCAGUUCUCCUGUGACAUUUGCGGGAAGAAAUUUGAGAAGAAGGACAAUGUGUCAGCCCACAAGAGCAAGAGUCACCCAGAGAUGUUGCUGGCCUCUGUCACCAGCCUGGCAGCUCUGGAAGAGAGUGGAGCUUUUGGGGAAGGGCCCAGCUUUAUUCAGAGUUCAACUUUUGUGGAAGAGCAGCCUCUGACUGGAGAUGGCAGCUUGGAGGGAGAGUCUCGUCUGGAAGGGUGGACUCGUCUGGAGGAAGGCAGUUGUCUGGAGGGUGGGAUACGUCUGGAGGUGUGGACCCGUCUGGAGGAGAGGAGCCAUCUGGAGGAGGGGAGCCGUGUGGAGGAAGGCAGCCGUCUGGAGGAGGGCAGCCGUCUGGAGGAAGGCAGCCACCUGGCAGCUGAGGAGCCUUAAUAUUGUCUCCCCCAAAAGGACCUCAUGACAGAUAUUUAACUGUAGUCAUUGGCCUUAAUCCUGAGAGGCAGAGGGACAGGCCUGGUCUCCUCUCCAGGGAACUGGAGCAGGGUGGGGGAAUCGUGCCCCCUAUGAGGGGCUAAAGCAAGAGGUGGGGUGUUCCCUCCGAGGGGCUGGAGUGAUGGGAGUGUGUCUUCUCCAAGGGGCUGGAGCGACAGGGGUGUGUCCCCUCCGAGGGGCUAGACCGACAGGGGUGUGGCCCCUCCGAGGGGCUGGAGCGACAGGGGUGAGUCCCCUCCGAGGGGCUGGAGUGAUGGGGGGGUUGUCCCCUCCGAGGGGCUGGAGCGACGGGGGGGUGUCCCCUACGAGGGGCUGGAGCGACAGGGGUGUGUCCCCUCCAAGGGGCUGGAGUGACGGGGCUGUGUCCCCUCCGAGGGACUGGAGCGUAGGUGCGUGUCCCUCCGAGGGGCUGAAGCAAGGGGGUGUGUCAACUUCGAGGGGCUAGAGUGACGGGGGGGUUGUCCACUCCGAGGGGCUGGAGCAAGGUAUGUAUACUCCCUGAGGGGCUAAAGCAAGGGGUGGGGUGUCCCCUCCAAGGAGUUUGUGUCCCUCCCGAGGGGCUGGAGUGUGGCAACUGUAUUUGGAAGAACCACACAUGGGAGGGGAUCUAGUUUGCAGUUU